AAGAUAGCGGUGCUACUGGUAGAUGACUAUUUACUAGCUAAAGACAAAACCUCCUUGCUCACGCCGAGUUUGUCCCAUUAUGCUGUUGUGUGGGAAUGCUUGGCUCUCCAGAUUAUUCAGAAAAGCUAAACAACCUUUCGCCUCUAGGUGCUUCUCACACUCACAGGGCAGAGCUGCAGCAACAUAAGCAGCAGCAGCAGCAGCAGCAGCAGCAACAACAACAACAAUGGCGAUGGUCUUAGCUAGGCGAGAAGUAGGAAUCAAGGUGAUAGGCAGGAAAGUCGAGGUGCCUGACUCGCCGAAAGCCCGACUAAUGUACUAUCUUCAUUGCAUCUUUGAUUUGCUGCGGGAGGAUGACUUCGACGAGGAUGUACGCCGCCUGGCUCGCUAUGAAAACUGGCAUGGUCUGAGCCUGCGUGAAACGCAGGCCUUGCUGAAGAUCUGCACAGAGAUCACCCCAGGUAUGUUGAAGGAUAAGCUGUUCCAUCAGCACGACAGCAUGUGUGGCGAACACCUCAACCAAUUCCACAGCUUCGAGGAGGCCAGUAGUUACGUGGUCAUUGCUAACUCGGUGUUUAUCGCGGGAAAGCAGCUUCGAAUUAGCAAAAUCAUGACGUACAAGGAUGCCUGGAUGCAAAAAAACUAUUGGAAGGCCCUGCGGGAGCUUCGUGAGCAGCUUGCACCGGCCGCACUGGCCGCACCGGCCACAGCUAGCAGCAGCGACGCGUGGUGCAGCAUUCUCUAGACAUCAAACGAUAAGACCUCCUCUCCCAUUCACACCCACCCUCUUCACUCCGUAAGACGAAUGGAUUCCAGUAUAGGAGGGAAAGUGUGGUUCACAUUUUUCUGUGUGUAGUGAUCCGUGAAAAGUGACACUGGUGCAUUCAAUAUUCUUUCCUUCCAAUGAGCCUUACGUUUAAAAUUCAGUCUUGCAUGUUUCAGGUGAGGUAUGCUAAAACGGCUCCGCACGCCUGUACAAUGCAAUGCACACAGUUAUUUCCUCACUGCCUGUUUUCAGCGCUAUGCACAUUAUCAAACCCAACACUUUAAAGUUAAAGAAUAGCAUUACACCCAAUACUACUAGCACUUCGGUUCAUUCCUUUCAUUUCCCUUGUAUGAUACUGUUUCACUGGCAUAACCAACAACACCCAUAUACAUUUACAUGAACGUGUUAUGCUUCCAAGUACAAUGAUAAUGCUUGCACUGAGCACUAUAAUCAUCCAAAUUUGCAGCAACAAAUCAUGUAUCUUUGUUCCACUGUUUUAUCGUGUGUUAAGAUUUUCUUUAUCCGCAUCCGAUUUAUCUCAACGCACUGCGCGUCUCAUUCUGUGAAGCACAGCCAAACCUCUAGAGGACAAAACACUAAGAGACCUAUGGCAUUUGUUCGUGAUAACAAAAAUUCUUCUCAUCCAUGUUCUAUACCCGGUAAAUGCACUGUGAUAGAGUUGUGAAUACUGGUGUUAAUUCUAAAGCUAGAGGUAGUCGUAUCA